CUAACCACGAGGUUUUCGCAACUUAACCACGCAGACGCGGAGAAGACGACACCCAAAACCCUCGCCCAUCUCCCCUCCUCCCGCCGCCGCCGCCAUGGACGCCGCCGCCACCCGCGUCUCCACCCGCCUCCGCCGCUCCACCCAGACCCACGCCGCCUACACCGUCCACGUCGCCGACCGCCGCGUCAUCGCCCUCGUCACCGCCCACCCGGCCUACGCCCGCCGCUGGGUCCACACCACGCGCUGGCUCCACCACCGCCUCCUCCGCUCCGGCCGCCUCCUCGUCGGCCUCGGCGUCCAGUGGACCCCCCUCCGACGCCCGCUCCACCGCGGCUCCCCUCCCCCGCCACCGGCCACCCUCCAGCUCUGCGUCGGCCACCGCUGCCUCGUCUUCCACCUCGCCCACGCCGACGCCAUCCCCGCCGCCCUCCGCCGCUUCCUCGCCGACCCCCGCAUCACCUUCGUCGGCUCCGGCGCCUCCAACGACCGCCGCAUGCUCUCCGCCUACUACGACCUCCACGUCGCGUCCGCCCGCGAGCUGCGCGCCGUGGCUGCCAUGGGCAACGCCUCCAUGGAGGCCAUGGCCGAUCGCUUCCUCGGCUACCCCGGCAUCGCCAAGCCCACGAACGUCUCCAUGAGCGCCUGGCACGCGCCCUACCUUUCCAUCGAACAGGUUGAGUACGCCUGCGUCGACGCCUACCUCGCCUUCCGCCUCGCCGUCCAUCUCUGCCCCGCGCCCGCGCGCCAGCCCGUCCUCCGCGCCCCGCCGCCGCCGCCGCCCGCUCCGCGCGCGCCCGUCUACCACCACCCUCUGCCUCUCGGUCCGCGCGUCGCCGUGCUCGCCGCCCCCGCGCCACGGCCCGCUCGCCACGCUCCCGUGCGCGCCCGUGUGGCGCCACCGGUGUACCGUGCGGUUGCGCGCGCCGAGCCCGCUGCUGCUCAGACGCACUGGGCGCUGGUAGCAACCGCCGUGGACGACGACGCGUCAGAGUCAGAGUACAGCAGCAAGAUCACGGACAACGUGCGCCCACGCGUCGCCGCGUCGGACUCGGACAUUGAGGAGGAAGACGACGAUGGCCUCUCCAUGAUCCACUCAUCAAGCUAUGCUUCAGAUGACCAUGUCUUCUCUUCAGAUGACUUCGAGCUCGUCGGCCAUGGACUGCUCUCGUCGGACGAUGAGGAUGGCUAUGAAGACUUCGUCCUGGGGAUGGGAGCUCUCAACAUCGACAUCGACGACGACGAUGACUACAAUGGCAACACUGGCAGCAUCGGAAUUCUGACUGUUCAGAGCUACAACGAGCACAGCAGCAUUGGAAUUCUGACUGUUGAGAACUACGACAUGGCUGGCACUGAAGAAAUGUUUGUCAGAAAUGGAGUGGCCACGCUUGAGGAGUUGGAGGAAGAUGACAUUGUCACCGGAGCCGGCACGGUCACUGUCGAUGAGGGUGGUGGUGGGUAUGAAGCAUUUGAGGGGAACAGUCAGGCGUUCGACGAUGUCGAGGAGGGCGGGUAUGUAGAAGAUGAUUGGUACGAUGAGGAUGAGGAGGAGCUUUUAGAUUAUGAUACAAGUGGAGGGUUCUACUAGUUAUUUUCUACCCACAUUUCAUUGCUGAUACUGAUGAUAAGCAAGGGAUUUUAGUUAGGAAGGAUUUAUAUCUGCUCCUUAUGUUUUGUGAUGGAGGUGAUUUUGGCUUUGGCCAAUUUGGUUAUCUUCUUAGGUGAAUUUUGUUCAUGUCAUCUUUAAUCUUUCUUGUAGUAUAUGCUACUACUGGAUUUCAGAUCCUUCUUCUUAUAUGAUGCCUAAAAACAUACAAUGCUGCUGCAGGGAUUGCUUGGUGGUAAUAUGAAGUUGUGAUGAUGAGUUUUAUA